AUGGCGAAGAUUAUGCUCGCGGUUACGUCUAAUUUGUGCCAAAGACUCGUCCUCAACCCAACCACAUGGCGCCUACUCGUCCCAGCUGACCACAAUUUCAAGUCCCUCGAAACACUCAUGGACAUGGUUACCGACGUGCCACAUCUUUUGGCAAAGCCGGACAAGAUGGCCAGCUCAGAUACAAACCACAUCUGGGCACUACUGAGCACCUACCAAAAGAUCGCAACAUGGCAACACUGCUGCAAAACCAACUCUCCAACACCAUCAUAUUGGGCUAUUCCAUCGCGCGCACACAACCCUUCAGAUGACGCUUACGCCACCCCACUCUUCCCGUUCGCUCUCGAGUACGAGAGUCUGAACAUCGCUAUACUUUUCAUCUUCAGUUCGGCAAUCAUGCUGCAACUUCUCUCCACCGCGCUCUUGAUCAGCACAGCUACAAGCGUGAACGAUCUUACACAAGUCGAAUCCAAUGAACCAUGGUCUUUAUCGCAAAUCCGCCAUGAAGCCGACAAAGUCGCACGGUUUCUCUGCCAAAGCACAGAAUUCUGCUUCAGGCUGGAAAUGGGGACAGUUGGCGUACAGGCCAUGUGUCACGCGCGAUACGUAAUGCGGAAUUACUUCUCCCAGGUAGGUUUGGAGAGGGAAUUGGCGUGGUGUCUGGGGAUUAGCGACAUUGGAGGGCCAGGCUUAAGGAGAGGCAUUAGGAUGAUGUUAUUUGAGGGGUGA